AUGAUCAACCCCACCUUCCCUCUGUACGGCUAUGAGCGGUUCUUCGCCAUGGACCCUGCUGCCAGUGCCAAGCUGGCUCAUGUUGCGACCUUGCGCGGCGACAUUCCAGGAUUGCUGAAGCACUUGCCCCAGGCAGUUUUCCAUGCUUUCAAUCGCCACCCGAAGAUGCGCGCAGCCAUUCUGCCUGGGAGUGUGCCGCAGAAGGUCAUGAUCUGCCCCCCUCUCGCCGAUGUGUCGGAGCUCAAGAGUCUUCUCACUGUGUACGAGUGCACCCCGGACGAAGAGGAGCGAGCGGAACAAGCCCGCGUCGAUGCUGCCAAUGACAACGCGUCCGAUUCAUCGCCAGUGGCGGCACCGCUGUUGCACUGGAUGGAAUUCGUUCAGUCCGAGUGCGAGAAGCCUCUGGAUCGUGAGAAGGAUUUCCCGUUCUACUUGUACGUCCGCGUCGACACCUCCACGAAGACCUUUGCUCGUCUCAUCCUCUUCGCGGACCACUACAUGUCCGACCCAACGUCCGGCGCCGUUAUCCUCCGUGAGAUCCUCGAGACUGCUGUCAAACUCAGUGCUGCAACGCCGGCGGAAUUGCCCGGAGAGCUCCCUCUGCGCGAGUCUCUGUACGAAAGCACGCACUACGUGAACGCGUGGAUGAACGUUGUGCACGAAGCGGUGUCCAAGUACGUCAUGCAGCCGCUGAUGAACUUCGACACGAACUCGUUCGUGCCUCUGCUCCCCAUUCAAGCGGAGACGCAGCUCGACUUCGCCGGUUCGCCACCAAAUCCGCCCAACCAGAGCUUCGCUCUUUUCGCGCAAGGGUCCGAGGCGAGCAUGCGAACUGCCAUGGCGCGAUGCAAGGAAGAGCAAGUCACCCUCCAAGGCGCACUCAUUGCUGCAACCACCAUGGCCUUCGGUCUGACGAAGCAUGGGGGCAGUCUGCAUCAAUGCACCGAGCCACUGCAGCUUCGGAUGGAUGUCUUGGGCGAUAUGCGCAAGCAAGUGACGCUGAACACAGUCAAGCGCGGGCUGUUCGACUCCAUUCUUCCUGGCAACGCUUCAACCGACAGCGAGUUGCCCGUGGGUAUGUACUCGACCCCCACGCACCUCGUAUUCACGAGCAGCGAGGGCGUUGACGCUCACGAAAUGUCAUUCUGGGACGUCGCGCGAAAAACUGAUCACGAGUGGGCGUGUGCACUGCUCGGCCACGAAUUGAAAAUGCAGUCCAUGUUUGUCAACGAGGUGCUGAACGCCGAGAACAGUGCCGACUCCGGGCUCUCUGUGGCCAACUGUGCACUCAGCGACGUCACGCUUUCGUACUUGGACUGCUCGGAUACCACCACGAUGUCAUUCCCAACUGAAUUGACACUCGGAAGCAACAACGUGACGGUGGAAGACCUGCACGUGUACAACUCGCAUCCCUCGUUGAGCUCGACCAGCAAAGUCUUCGUCACGGCCCUCUCGCACUUCAACUACGCGCUGAUGUACAAGUUGGAGCCCGAGAUCGCUCAACAGCUUUUCGGCUGGCUAGUGCGCUGCACUGAGCGUAUUGGUGAGUAUCGACAACAGGACACGUUCGCUCAGGCAGCAGAUCGUCUCGCAAGUGGAGCUGCGGCGGUCGUCCCGCUUGACGGAGCCUCCAUGGCUCAAACUUUGGAAAUCGCCAUCGAUCCUACCGCAGUCAGUCCUGCGGCUGAAUCUACGGUGAACGUUGGCUCGGACGAGGGAGCUUCAGGCGAGACAGGAGACUGCCAAGACGUCGAGUGCUAG